AUGGGUCUAGGUGUACUUGAAGAUAAGCAUCUAUCGCAUGUCCCCGGCACCGCCCUCCUUACGGACGUUGACGGGGCAGAAGAUGUCCAUCAUCAUGGCCGGCUCAACACAUCGAAUCUACUUCACGGAAAAGGCAGGGACUCUGAUGUUCUGUUGGUGCCCCAGCCUAGUAAUAGUCCGAAUGAUCCCCUUAACUGGCCUCUAUGGAAGAAGGAUCUUAUGCUGCUCUUUAUCUGCAUUGAUACUGCAGUAGUAGGGGCAUGGAUGGCUACCCAAUUUGGGAUGUCUUAUAAUCGACUUAACGGUGAUCUCGGAUAUGGCGUACUAGUCAUAGGGCUGUCAUGCUUCUUCACGAAUUCUAUGGCUGUGGUUUGGGGACGUAGGCCGAUAUUUCUUCUUGGAAACCUGCUGCUAUUCAUUAGUAGCAUCGGAGGGUAUUACGCGCAUACUUUUGACAGCCUACUUGGAUUUCGACUUAUAGGUUGUAUCGGCAUGUCUCCGUUUGAAGUCUUGGUUACUACUACGAUAGCAGACAUUUACUUCGUACAUCAGCGUGGAGUCAGACUCGCAGCUUGGGGUCUCUGCCUAUCUAUUGGUGUCGGAGGAGGCACAAUCAUCUCUGGUUAUAUUAUCGAAGACCUAGGCUGGAACUGGACCUACGGUAUCUGUGCGAUUAUAUUCGGCGUCUGGAUAGUGGUACUAUUCCUGUUUUGCCCCGAGACAGCAUACAGACGGGAUGAGUCCCUUAAUACCGAUCUCGGGAUAGUACCUGGAAUUGAUCAACAAGCAGAGCAGCCUGCGCAGAACGAAAGCUCAAAGGUGAAAGCAGAUAGCAGAUCAUCCGGACCUGAAAAUAUCGAGGUCCAGGUCGAGAUUAUAGAACAUGGAACUACAGAUCUCUCCUGGCCAGAGAAAAAGUAUAGCUAUUGGCAAGAUUUGAGGAUCUUCCACGGGAGAGUGUGUGACGACCCAUUCUGGAAGGUUCUUACUCGGCCGCUGCUCAUGCUUAUAUUCCCACAAGUAUUGUUCUCUUUUUUUGCCUACGGGCUUACAACCUCCUGGCUGGUUGUCGUGGGUAGCGUUUUGGCCCAGCUCUUUACGGCCCCUCCGUACAAUUUCAGUGUCUCGGGCGUCGGGCUUGUCUCCGUUGCUUCCUUGAUUGGUGCGAUCGUGGGAGCCUUCAUAUCGGGACCUAUAGCAGACUGGAUAAUCAAAUCAAUGUCUCGAAAAAACGGUGGCAUAUACGAACCCGAGUUCCGACUUGUGCUCAUUGUGAUUACCUUCGUCUUAGGAGGUAUGUCGUUCUUCGGCUUCGGUUGGUCGCUCCAGCAACAAGACCCGUGGAUUGCCCCGGUGAUUUUCUAUGGGUUACAGUAUUUCAGCGUGGGAUUUUUGACUAUUGCUGUAUAUGGCUACUUGACGGACUGCCAUCGUGACAAGGCCCCAGAAGCGUUUGCAGCUAUCAAUUUAAGGAAUAUUUACUCUUUCGGGAUGAACUACUUCAUAUCAGAUUGGAUAAGUAGUCAGGGGCCGAAGGAGGUAUUUUGUAUAAUUGGCGGAAUACACGUUUUCAUCUGCCUAUGUGCGGUCCCGAUGUAUAUCUUUGGGAAGAGAUGCAGGAGUUGGACAAGCAGAGUAGAGGUGUUUGAGAAGGUCAUGAAAGCAUAG